UGCGUAGAAACAUUUUCUGCAUCGGAGAGAUUCGAGAUCUCGCGAGGCUCCGUCGUCUCUUUCUCCGAUCCAUCGCUGAUCUACUGUUAGCUUCUUAGAUUUGAUUUUCUUUUGGCGCGUAAUCGUAAUCGCAAGCCUUCGUGAUCGAUCUAGGGUUCCCGCGAGAUCUGAGAUUCCAUCGUUUUUUUUUUGUCCCGUAGUCAAUCAUCUUCUUCCUUGGAUUGGAUUCGUCCCUAAAAAUCGUAAACAAUGUCUCGGUGUUUCCCGUUCCCGCCACCUGGCUAUGUAGUGGAUGGAAUCCGCGAUGAGGCUAUGAUCGAUUCGAUCAAGGGGGCAGAGGAGAAAUGUAAUAAAGAACUAAGGAGGCAGGAGAGAAAGAAAAGAGAUAAAAAGGAGAAGAAAGAUAAGAAGGAGAAGAAGGAUAAAAAGAGGAAGGAGAGGGGAAGUGGGGAAGGUGAAAGCCAAAAGCAUUCUCAUAAGAGACAGCGUAAAGAAGAAGUUGCCAAAGAUGUUGUUCAGAAGAACCAGAAAGUCGAUGAUGUUUUUCGUAAACUCAAAGAAAGUGAAAUUAGCUGUUUGGACAAGAGCAGCGUUACUGUUGAGCGUGAGCUGCUUCAGUCCACGUCUCAGAACUCUUGUGAUAGCACUCUUAACAGCAAUGAGAAGGAGAAGAAGCAGACUCUCAAUGGUGGUAGACAUAACAACAACAAUGGUAGCACUCUUAACAGCAAUGCGCUACCUAAGGACAAGGAGAAGCAGCCUCUCGAUGGUAGACAUAACAACAUCAACAACAACAACGACUCUGAAAGCAUCAUUCGGAUUCGUUUGCCUAUCCGAAGGCCUAAAGAUCCUGAAGGGAUGAUGAUGAUGAUUACCAACAAGGAUCAACCUUGUCCUUCCCGGGAAUUAAAGUUUGAUAGUGUUACUAGAGAUCAGCCGCAACCUCCUUGUUCCACUUCUGCACCACAACAUGCGUCGAAGCCACAUGAAGAGAAGAUAAAACACCACACUUCCACAAGGAAACACAAAGAGAAACACAGAGAGAAGAAACACAAAGAGAAGAAAUUGCCGUCUACUACUGCUCAAGAAACUUAUCAACCUUCAAGCCUAUGCAGGUUGUGCCCUCCAUCAAUGGCGGAGCAGUUCUUGAAUGUAGUUGAGAAUUGGGUCCCUAACACGACCGAGAGCAGAGUAGAGCUCACUAGCCCUGAAGAGGAUGAAUGUUGGUGGUUGAUGAAGAAGCCAAGUAGCAACAAGACUGACACAGAAAGAUGCAAACAACUUCUUGGCAGAAACAAUGAGACCAAGGAAGUAAUAAACACUUCAAUAGCUUGGCCACACGCUCGCCUUUUACCAGAAGCUGAUGUCUACGCCUUACCUUACACUGUCCCUUUCUGAUAACAUCAAUGUCUCAUAAAGGUUGAGAUAACAAGUAGUAACCUGGUCGGGAUGUCUAUGUACCGGACUCGGACCAGACAUUUUUUCGUGUAGCCUUAAUGUUUGUAUAAGAGAACACUGUUUGUUAUUCUUAGUAAAAUCAAGUAUUACGUCUCAAAA